UUUGUUGUUGUUGUUGUUGUUGUUGUGUGUGACAACGUGAGGGCCGUGUGAUUGUGAUUUCUGGUGGUGUGUGCGUGUGUUUGCGCACAUCCAGCUGCGAAGGAAGCAAAAACAGCAAAACCACACCCUCCCUGCCUUACAGCAAAGGCAGCGGCCUUGCCCCCACCCUCAACAGAGCGCCCUGCUGGCUGGAAACCACACCCACCACAAGAACCCCCCUCCAUCUCACGCUCAGUAAUCAAGCGCGCUCAGGCUUGUGCCGUUGCUGUUGCUGCCUCAAAGCAAAACGGCUCCAACCCAGCAACCAACCAGGCACAGCAAGGCAUGAGACAGCGCGUUUUGAACACAGCAGCCGCGUGCGGCGCUGUUCCAACAACCACGCUGCCACACACAGGCACACACAACACAAGCAGCAGAAGGAACAGCAGCACAAGAAGAAGAAGAACAAGAAGAAGAAGAGCUGUGCUGCAACACAAGCAACAGGCACCCUGUAGCAGCCCACGCCGACGCAACAACACCCAGCACCCAGACGACGAUGCGUGUGCCACUUCCUCUGCUGCAACAACCACAACCACCACUGUACACGGCGUGGCGCAGCGCGCGCGGCUGGUGCUGGUGUGCUGCGCCGUGUUCCUUGCCACCACCGUCCUGCUGUCGCACGGCGACGUGGCACGGGGCCAAACACAGUCGUGCACGACAGCCACGCAGUGCGGCAUCAGCCAGGAGUGCGUGGACAGCACAUGCUGCGACCUCCCGACGUGGACAUCGUGGACCUCGAGCGGUUCCUGCGACGCCGUGUGCGCGUCGGGAAUCAACGGAACCCGGCCAGAGUCGCGGGACUGCAUCUAUCUGGGCAGCAACCCCUGCAACGCCAGCGCCGUGUCGCUAACCCCAGGCAACCAGUGCAACUUCACCAGCGUGGGCACAACGCAGACGCGGCACCUGGUGUGCGAGCCCGAGCCGUGCUGCGCGGUGGACUCGACGUGGACCGCGUGGUCCGGCUGGUCCCAGUGCUCCGUCACGUGUGAAAACGGCUUGGAGACGCGCACCCGCACGUGCCAGGCGGCGUCCUGCGGCGGCGCGGAGGGCUGCGACGGGCAACCCGUGGGCACCGUCGACCAGGACACGCGCGUGUGUACCAUCAACCAGUGCUGCCCUGUUGACGGGUUUUGGAAGUACACGAGCUGGUCCGAGUGGAGCCGGCCCUGCGGGGAACGCAACCGCACGCGGGAGGCCACAGAGUGCACCGCCAGCUGCUUCGGCACGUGCGGCGACCCCGUCCUUGUCGAGACGGAGAUUGUCGACUGUGGCGACACGACGACCACCACUGAGGCGCCGACGACGACUGCUGCGCCGCUGGGGUCCAUUGUGGUGGUGACGAGUGUCGAGGGCGUGACGCCGCCGUGGACCAGCAGCAUGCGCUCCAGCUACCGCUCGUUCAUCUCCAACCAGCUCUCCUUGGAGGUCGGCCGCCUCCCCGCCAGCGACUAUGGCCUACUGACAGAGCAGCUCUCCGAAUCGCCCUCUGCCGUGUUCCGCACGCGCAUCACGCCAGACAGCGAGGCGGAUGUGACCCUGCUGUAUUGUGGCGCCGUCUCGUUUACGAACAGCACUGCGUCCAUGCAGGACCUGCAGCGGCUUGGGAGCGCCUUUACCGAUGCGACCUUGUCCCUCACCAGCACUUCCGGCUGCACCAACUGCACCUGCACCUCCUUCUCAUCUCAACGUGCGGCCGGGUCCACGAGCGCAUCGUCAGACACGGCGGUCAUUGUUGGCGGUGCCGUUGGCGGCGGUGUCGGGCUCCUCAUCAUCGUCGCAGCGCUAGUGCUGCUCGUUCGCUCACGCAGCAAGGACAAGACUCAAACGGACAAUGUGGAUGGAAAAAGUGACUUUGAACACGAGCCGCAGGCGACAAAACGUGACGAACACGUUUCACCGCCCCGCAGCUCCCUCUUCACCUCAAACCCCAGCGCCACAUACGCGCACCACCACGAUCAUCCUCAUCAUCAUCAUCAACACCACCACCACCAGCACGAGCGCGGGCGUGCGGACGGCGUGGGCAGCGGGUUUGAGGACUACGUGUAUGGCGAUGCGACGUCGCGCCCGUCCAUGAUCAACAACGUGGUGUACGACAUCCGGGAGACGGAGCUCGGGCAUACGCCGGAGUACAGCCGCCUGCGCCGCCAGCGCACGGCAGAGAGCGAGAAGCUCGAGCCGCCCGUGGUGCUGCACGAGGGCACCGACGGGUCCCACCUGGUGCUGGUGCGCACGGAGCCGGGGGUGUACACGGUGGCGCGGCCGCUGCAGCCCAAGGAGCUCGGCGCCAUGCACCACGCCAUUGUCGUGCGCAAACCAAAGGGCGGGUAUGUGCUGCUGAAGCGGAACCAGGGCCAGGCGUACCAGGCCGUGCGGUCGGCGACAACGGAGGACGAGGUGAUGGUGGUGGACACGCUCAUGGGCAAGCCCGUGCUGCUGCUGGGGGACGACGCAGGCAGCAUGCAGACGGUGACGCUGUUUGAUCGCAUUGACGUGGGCGCCAUCCUGCCGCGCGCCGACGACCACGACGACAGAGACCUGACCAUAUUCUGCAUUGGCGCCGUUCGGCCCGCACACCCCGGUGACGGCGGCCACGGCAGUGACGGCGACGACGCGGGAAAGGGCAACAUGCAGAAGGCGAACAAUAACAAAACGAAGAAGAAGAAGAAGAGCAGUGGCAACUUCAACGGCGGGUUGAGCAAUGCCAGCAGCAUGGGCAGCAUUGACAGCAUUGGCGGCUUCAGCGAUGCGCAGCACGCCAACGGCAAGCGGGUGUCCUCCGCCUCCUCCUCGGCGUCCACGGCCGGCGCGGCCACCGCGGCGCAGUCAUCAGCGCCGCCGGACCUGUACUGCUUCCGGCUGGUGCGCAUGCGCUCUGUGCACUUUCGGCUGGAGCCCAUGCGGCGGCCCGCGGUGCUGCCGGCAGACCUCUCCAUCGUGCUCAAGACGCGACCCGAGCCGCUGCACCUGCAGCAGCUGGGCGCGGACACAUAUGUGCGCGUGGAGACGGACGACCUCGGAGAGGACGGGCUGCCGCUGACGCUGCCGUCGUCGUGCUUCAAGGAGGUGCUGAGCAAAGUGGUGCAGCUUGAGCCGCAGUUUGGGGCGGGGCAGGCGGCGCAGGACGCCAAGCGGCUGGUGACGCUGCUCAAGCAGGACCGCGCCCACGACCGAUAUGUGGUGAUGGAGAAGAACCCUGGCGGGCAGUACCGCCGAGCAGAGGUUGGCUCGCAGCGGGAGAACAUGUACGUGACGGUGGAGACGCAGGACGGGCGCUACUUUGACCUGCACCGCGCCGACGACGGGUACACGCAGGUUGACGACGAUGGCGUGGGCGGCGGCGGCGGGCGGGCGCCAGACGAGUCGCUGACGGAGCUGGACAGCACGGCGUUUGACGGCGGGUACAUCUCGCUCCUGCGCAGCGACGACGGCGUGUACGCGGUGCUGUGCAAGGAGAACGAGAGCGACCCCGUGUAUGUGCGGGCGGACACCGGUGCGGAGUACAUGACCUCUGAGGAGCUUGCACGCCGCUCCCGCGCGUCCUCCGUCGCCAACGCAGACGUGGCCGACCCGCGCGACUUCCCCUCCACGCCGCGCCAGCAGCCGGCCGAGGCGUGGUCGCCCGUCUCUCAGCCCGCACCGCGGCGGGACCCGGCCAGCGAGUUUGCCCAGUACGUCUCCCGCAGCUCAAUGGCGUCGCCAUCGCCAGGGCAGCCGCGCGGAUCACGCGCCGUGUCGCGCACCCAGCAGCAGCAGCAGCAGCAGCAGCAGCAACAGUCGGACGGUAGUGACACUGGUGGUCGGGUGGCGCAGCGAAGAAACACACCCAUGGUGGCUGGUGUUGGGCACCACCACCGCCGCCACCGCUCACCGGCCUCCAACCCUUAUCAAGCACGUCGGCAGCAACAGCAACACCAGCAACACCAGCAACACCAGCAACACCAGCAACAAGGGCUUGGCGCAUAUGGGCGAUCGCCUGGCCCCAUGUCAGCGUUUGAUGAUCCUGGCUUCGGCAAUGAGCAAGGUGCGGAGUUGCUUGCAGGCAACAAUGGCCGCGUGUCCCUUGAUUCGCGCGUCUCUGUCGGCUACAUUGACGUGUACGGUGAUGAUGAUCAGCGAGCGGGUGUGCCGUCACGCCAGCCGCCCACGCCUCCAAGCGCAGGGUACCGCCCGCACAUGUCCCAGCGAGGCCGUGGUGGGCGCGGUGGUGGGCGCGGUGGUGGUCGUCGCGGGGCCCGCCCGUCCAGGUUUGCCAACCAGCCGUUUGUUCCGCGGCACUCCAUCAUUGCGGAGGAAGCUGGUGGCGACUACGAGGAGAUCCCAGCUGAGCAGCAGCAGCGAGGUGAUGGCUCAGGUGGUGCAUACGGUGGCGGCUAUGGUGGACGAGCACAGGCAGCAACACGGGCGCCGCAGAUGGCGCCACAACAGCAGCCGCCGCAGCAGCAGCCACGCCGAACAAGCCAGGCUACACAUGUUCCUGCGGACAUGGACGCCGUGGAGGCGCAGCAGCUGCUACAGCGGCCUGGUGUGGCAGAGGGAAGCUUUGUGCUGCAGCGGGUAAACGCGCACACGGUGUGGGCGCAUGUGCUGGCACAGGGGGCGCCGCGCAUAAUCCAAGUUGUAGUUGAUGUUGGUGCACCUGGCGUGCGAACGGACGGCCCAAGCAAAGUGGUGACACCGAGCGUUGCUGCGUUUGUGGACACCUUUAGCGGGCCCCAGCCAGCCAACAGCCCCGUACCUCACCCGCUCACGCGUGACAUGACGCCCCGCUCCUUCUGACACCUGGGUGUGUUGUGUUGUUUGGGUGUGUUGUGUUGUGUUUUGGAGGACUAUUGUGAAACAGAGACGUGCCGAGUGCGUGCUUGCAGGUUGUUGUGAUUCUUGUUUUGUUUUGUUGUAGUUGUUGUAGUUGUUGUUGUUGUUGUUGUUGUUGUUGUUUCGCGACCUCCCUAUGUGUGAUUCGAUGUGUGUGUGUGUGUGUGUGUUGGUGCGCGCGUGUGUGUGUGUGUGUGAUCAUGUGUGCGUGUGUGUGAGCAUGUGUGCGUGUGUGUUGGUGCAGUUCAUGCACGCAAGCAAACGUCAGUCAAGACAAAGACAACCAAAC